AUGGCGUAGUCGUGAGGGCGCGCGGGCGCGCACUCAGUGGUCGAGGGUUCGAUCCGCCCGGAGCGCGAUCUGCCUUUUGGUUUCUUUUCCCUUUUUGUUAUCCGAGGCCCGGCUUCGGGGUUUUUACCGGUGCCUGGCGGGCAAUCCUUUUUACCCCUGAAGCGACCUCGUGGUGUAGUUAUUUGACUCAGUCUUUCCUUCGCUCGGAGCACUUCCCUCCCUUUGCUUUUGCCACCCUUCCUCCAGAGCUUGGUCAACUCUUCUAGACUCGUACCCUCCCUCUUUUUACCCAUUUCGCUGGCAAUUAAGUCCGUUACACUUGAUUUGCUGCGAAGCCUUCCGACCGAAUCCACUCCUCGGUUGCUCUCGGUCGACUUCCGCCGCCCAGCCGACUCGACCUUCCCAUCGGCCUGGUCAGCUAUUUCUUGGAUCGUUUGCCCUCCCUCUUCUUUCCGACCUCGUUGGCUACCAUAGUUCGGUACACUGGACUUGCUGCGAGCCUUGCAGCCGCGUAUCCUCCGCGGUUGCUUCUCGGUCGACUGCCGCCGCCUCGGUCGACCCCCCCUUUCGCUCCUUCGCGCUUUCGCGCGCUCUCUCGCUCUCUCCCUCGUCUCUCGCGUGUAGUCAUCGUCAUCCCCUCCGACGUUGCCUGUCAAAUACAGCAUCAAGCGACUUGGCCCAGCCCAGUACAUCUUGGGGAUCCAGAUCAAGCGACAGGCCGACAAGUCCAUCAUCCUGUCGCAAGAGGCGUACAUCACAAGCAUCCUCCGCAGAUUUGGCAUGUCAGACAGCAGCCCCGCCUCCACGCCCAUGGCCCCGAACUGA